GUUUAGAGAAAACUUUGUUAGCUACCUGCUAACUUUGCUCCAUCGUCUGUUGUUGGGAAUGUUGCCAGAUGGAAGCAGCCCAGCAGAAACCACCGAAAGUAUGGACUGCCAUGGAGAAGAUAAAGAAGGAGAUUUUUGCCAGCUGACUGGUUCAGUGCUGUUUAACAGCAAAAGUGCCAUGAGAGCACGAUUGCAGCAGUUUGUGGAGGAGAGGAUGCAGACCACCAUGCUCACAGGUGUACUGAUUGGAGCUGCAGUUGCAGUCUCAGUGAUUGGGAUUGUGGUGCUCUUCCUUUAUAGGAGAUAUAAACUUGCCCGUGAACAACAGUCUGGGGUACCUCAUUAUCGCUUCAGAAAAAGAGAUAAAGUGCUCUUUUAUGGAAGGAAAAUAAUGCGAAAGGUACAGACGUUGUCCUCGAUUCCUCCUCCCUCCUCCUCUUCGGUAUCAAAGCAGCCACAGCGCAUACGCAAAAGAACCAAAGUUCUAAGCAUAGCUCGCAAAAUCCUGAGGAUACGUAAAGACCCUCCCACACUACAACCUAAGGAACCUCCUCCCUCCCUCCUGGAGGCUGACCUAACAGAGUUUGAUGUGCAGAGCGCAAAUCUGCCCUCAGAGGUCCUCUAUAUGCUGAAGAAUGUCAGGGUCUUAGGUCACUUUGAGAAGCCCCUCUUCCUAGAGCUGUGUCGCCACAUGGUGUUUAUUGAGUUGCAGGAGGGAGAAGGUCUCUUCAGGCCAGGAGACGAUGAUGACAGCAUCUACGUGGUCCAGGAUGGACGACUCGAGCUCUGCAUUCAUGAGAAUGAUGGCACAGAACCAGUUGUGAAGGACGUGCUCCCAGGAGACAGCGUCCACAGCCUGCUCAGUAUUCUGGACAUCAUCACUGGUUAUCCAGCACCGUAUAAGACUGUAGUGGCACGGGCAGCAACUCGCUCCACCAUCUUACGUUUACCUGCAUCAGCCUUUGAGUCCGUGUUUAAGAAAUAUCCAGAGACGCUUGUGCGCGUCAUUCAGAUAAUCAUGGUUCGCCUCCAAAGAGUCACCUUCUUGGCAUUACAUAACUAUCUGGGCCUGACAACAGAGCUCUUCAAUCCGGAGAGUCAGGCGUUGCCCUUGUCCAAUGUGAACAGUGUGAUGGCAGAGAUCAACUCUGGGAAGAUGACUCGCCGUUUGCACUUCCAGGACGAGUUGCCUGCCGGGACCUCAGAGAGCCCCACGGAGACAGAUGGUGUAAAGGACAGCCCUUCAAAUAACUACAGGAAGCCGCGAUCCAUCUCGAUGCCCGCCGACUGCGCUGACCUGAACAUGGUUUGUGAACGCGCCAGAGUCACUAUAGAUGAGACUCCAUCCAGUCCCGUUGCUCACAAAUCCAAUCUGAAGAAGAGUGUGAUGAUGCAGCACACACCCUCAGAAGUGUUUCACUACACAGACAGUGGGGGGCAGUCCGAUGCCAUCUACCUCAGCAAGAGCAGCACAAUCCUCCAGGCUGCUAAGAAGGAUCUGUUGGGUAUCAUCCAGCUGCAGGAUCCCAGUCUACUUGAGGGCAGAGUUACCCUCCACCACGUCAAAGCUGGUUCUGUGGUGGCUCGUCAGGGCGACCAGGAGGUGAGCAUUCAGUUUGUGAUUUCUGGCCUCCUCCACGUCUACCAGCGGAUGAUUGACCGCGAAGAAGACACACGUCUGUUUGUGACGCACCCUGGAGAGCUUGUCGGUCAACUCGCUGUCCUGACAGGAGAGCCUCUCAUAUUCACUGUCCGGGCCCAGCGAGACUGCAGCUUCCUCUCAAUCUCCAAAACCCACUUCUAUGAGAUUAUGCGCGAGGAGCCUAAGGUAGUGCUGAAUGUUGCUCACACGGUGGUGAGGAGGAUGUCAUCUUUUGUCAGACAGAUUGACUUUGCUCUCGACUGGAUGGCUGUAGAAGCUGGCAGGGCUGUUUACAGGCAGGGUGAGAAAUCAGACAGUACUUUCAUAGUGCUGAGUGGUCGACUGCGCUCUGUAAUCAUGAAGGAGGACGGCAAGAAGGAGCUGAUAGGAGAGUAUGGACGUGGCGACCUAAUUGGAGUGGUGGAGGCCCUGACCCAUCAGAACCGUGCCACCACAGUGCACGCCGUACGAGACUCUGAGCUGGCCAAGCUACCAGAAGGAGCUCUCAACUCCAUUAAGAGGAAGUUCCCCCAGGUUGUCACCAGGUUAAUCCACUUACUAGGACAGAAGAUCCUCCAGCAGGUCAAUGGUCCUCUGACAGCUCGCAGUUUGGCUCUCCACACCCCUGGUAGUAAAUGGGAUGCAGGAAACCAAGCCUCCAACCUCUCCACAGUGACAGUCCUGCCUGUAUCAGAGGAAGUACCUCUCACUGCCUUCACCCUGGAGUUGCAACAUGCGCUUCUUGCCAUAGGUCCCACUCUUCUGCUGACCAGUGAUGUCAUCAAACAGCGCCUUGGAGCUGCAGCGCUGGACAGUGUCCAUGAGUACCGUCUGUCCAGCUGGCUGGGACAACAGGAAGACCUCCAUCGCAUUGUUCUUUACCAGACAGACUACACACUUACCCCAUGGACCCAGCGGUGCAUUCGUCAGGCCGACUGCAUCAUUAUCGUGGGACUUGGAGAGCAAGACCCUGCAGUUGGGGAGCUGGAGCGUAUGUUGGAAGGAAGCGCAGUGCGUGCCCAGAAGCAGCUGGUGCUGUUGCACAGAGAAGAUGGGCCCCCGCCCAAAGGAACUGUAGACUGGCUUAACAUGCGAAGCUGGAUCUCCAGACACCUCCACCUCUCCUGUCCUCGAAGGGUUUUCUCUAAGAGGAGCCUGCCCAAACUGUUGGAGUUGUAUCAACGUGUGUUCGAGAAGCCAGCAGAUCGCCACUCAGACUUCUCUCGUCUGGCUCGAGUCCUCACUGGCAAUGCUAUUGCCCUUAUUCUCGGGGGAGGAGGGGCCAGGGGCUGUUCCCAGGUGGGAAUAAUGCGAGCUCUCUGUGAGGCUGGCAUCCCAGUGGACCUCAUCGGCGGCACGUCUAUCGGUUCCCUGAUGGGGGCGCUAUAUGCUGAAGACCGUAGCCACAGCCGCAUGAGGAUGAGGGCUAGAGAAUGGGCAAUGGAAAUGACCUCAGUGUUCAAGAAGGUUCUGGAUUUGACGUACCCGGUCACCUCCAUGUUCUCUGGUGCUGCCUUCAACUCCAGCAUCAGCAAUGUCUUCAAGAGCAAACAGAUAGAGGACCUUCGGAUCCCGUAUUUCAAUAUUACAACUGACAUCACUGCCUCUACCAUGAGAGUACACACUGAUGGUUCUCUGUGGCGGUAUGUCCGUGCCAGCAUGUCUCUGUCUGGGUAUCUGCCUCCUCUUUGUGACCCCAAAGAUGGACACCUACUGAUGGAUGGAGGCUACAUCAACAACCUGCCAGCUGAUGUGGCGCGCUCCAUGGGGGCCAAAGUGGUGAUAGCUAUUGACGUGGGCAGCCGGGAUGAAACCAACCUCACUAAUUAUGGCGAUUCGCUCUCCGGCUGGUGGCUGCUAUGGAAACGCCUCAACCCCCUAGCUGAGAAAGUCAAGGUGUUGAACAUGGCCGAGAUUCAGACUCGGCUGGCCUACGUCUGCUGCGUGAGGCAGCUGGAGUCUGUGAAGAACAGUGACUACUGCGAGUAUAUCAGACCUCCAAUUGACAGAUACCGUACGCUGGAGUUUGGCAAGUUUGAUGAGAUUGCUGAGGUGGGAUACCAGCAUGGCAAGACUGUGUUUGACGUGUGGACUCGCAGUGGAGUGGUGGAUAAAAUGUUGAAAGACCGACACCAGGAGGAGUUCCACAACACCCAAAGCAAGAACAAUGUGGUGACAUGUCCCAAUGCUUCCUUCACUGACCUGGCAGAAAUCGUGUCCCGCAUUGAGCCUGUCAAACCUCCUCUGGUGGAUGAGGAGUCAGAAUACCAAACUGACUAUGAGGAGGAGGCAGUGGAGAGCGCUCUGUCUGACAUGGAACUGUACAGUCGCUAUGGAGAGCACACUGAAGGGGAGGAGACUUUUGACACGGAUGAAGAACUGGAAGGGAGAUGUGUACGCCGCAAUACUUCACUCACCAGCAGCUACCCUCAGUCACCUGCCAUCCUUGAGCGUCCACAGGACGUCCCGUCAAACCAUGAUGCCCUUUCCAAAUAGUCCAAUAAGUGAAGACUGGUUAUAUGAAUUCCGCCCAAACCUGCAUAUCUUUGCUUCAUUUCACCUUCCAGUCUGUCACACAUAACACUACCUGCUCUCUCAUUCUGACCGUGAGACUGUCAGUAACGGUGAUUACCAUUUUGCCCUCUGUAACCUGGCCUCGUUAGCUGUUUGGCUGACAUAACAAAUUGACAAAAAAAAAAGAAGAAUACAGGCAGCUAGUAUCACAUUUACUCAGCUGCAUGUGCUAUGCAUUCCUAAUCUAGACAAGCUGCACAUCACAUUAUUUCUCAUAUUGAGAUAGUUGAACAGUAGCUUUACAUGAAUCACACCAGUACAGUGGAAAAAGAAGACAGGAGAGGGGAGGAGAUACUAUUUCCAUGAAAUAUUUAUUACAUGAAUGCAGGUGAAGCAUAUGAAUCUUUGUUGAUUGCACGUUACAGAUUUGAGGAGUUUGAAUUUGAUUUGAGGAGGCUAAAGGUCAGUCCACCCAAAUUACCACCCAAAAAACAUUUUCUCCUCACUAGCCACGCAGAUAGUUUUGAUAUGAUUUGGGACACUCCAUCUGAGUUUUUCUGCCACCACCCUAAUACAAUGUGCAUGGAAUGCGUCACAAGUAGAAAUGACUUCACUUUAGGGAUUAUAAGCCAAAAAGGUUGGGAACCACUGCCCUGAAUAACCCACAAAGCACACUAGUUUGUUCAGUUGACAGCAAACCUGUUUCUGAUGAGGGAAACAAUGCUGUUGACUUUUUUUAGAUGUAGUUUUUCUUUUUAUUGUGAACACUACAAACAAAAUUGCAUUCACCUCACUUGUAUUGGGGAUGGCAGACAUCUCAAAGAGUUGGGCAAAUAAAACAAACUAUCGGCUAAGUUAAGUAAGUUAAAUAAGAGAAAUGUGUAUUUUUAUAUAUAAUAAUUUGGAUUAACUGACUCUAACAGGCUCUCUUUUUCUUCAUCUUAAUUCAAUACUUACACGCCCGUAUGUACAUUUAAAGUUAUUAGUGGGGCAUUGAAAUGCUUGUCAGAUUGCUUCAGAACCCCCCCCCCCUCACGUCUUUGUGACAUCAGAUUAGCGGGAAUACUGUGGGUUCAGCUGUCUCUGCAACUUUCAAAACCGACAAUCCAAAAUUCACACCCACUUUAUACAAUGAUCGGCCAGCUGUGUGGAGAUGAGAGAGGACCCACAGUUUAAACUUCUCUCUAGCUCUCUUUUUUCUUUCUUCACACAACCAUUUAUGUCACUUUUCAUGCAAAUAAACAAGUACAACACUAUGAAUACCCUCCAGACUGACAAUAUGCAGCGUUAUCGCUGUAUUUAAACCUGUAUUUAAUCAGGUCUUCCACUUUUCUAUGUCGGCUGACUUUUCAAUCCACCUCCUACUGUGGCCAUUCAGGACAUUUAUAAACACUUGAUGUCCUAUUUUCUGACAUUUUAUAAUCAAACAGCACAUCGAACAAGCACAAACUGAUCCUAAUAGUGGCCUCACACUGUGUGAAAGUGUGUUGGCCAAACAGAUAGCGGACUAAAUUCACAAUCCUCAUUUAGUACAAAUCAAAGCAUUCGAAUAUUCAGUUAAAGCUAAAAGACUUUGGCAGUCUGAGUGAGCCAAAUUAAUCUUUGUACAGAUGUACAAUAUGGGCAUGUGAGUAUUGAAUUGUUGUAUUAAGAUAGACUUGAAAAAGUUUGAACCUAUCCUUAAAUAUUUUGUACACUCAGAUUCUCACCAACACCUGCUUGCCAAACACAACUGAUGUAAAACACAAAAAGGGAGCAAAACAAGUAGCACAUUCCGAAGCCAUGGCCGUUAGCGCAGCUUUUGUUGUACCCCGUGUACCUCGUGUGCCAGGGACAUGGAGGCAAGUAAUGAUCGCAAUCCACUUCAAAGCACUAGUUUCCCUCCUGGCUGACGAGAGAGCCCCCUCCCCCCCCAUCUGCUUUCUUGCUCGAAUCUAUCAGACACAGAAUGAGCAGCAGACAGUGUGGAUCUGUUGGAUGAACUCAGAAGCUCUGCUCGGCUAUUUGCAGCAAUAGAGCAGUUCUUCACUUUGUGUAAGACGUUAUUUGACUUGUCUAGACCAUUUUCAGUCAAAUUUUUCUUGAAACAGCAAAAAAAAAAAAACAACAAACCAAAAACGUUUGGUUUUGCAUGUGUAGCGUACCGUUAAGAUGAUCGAAUAUUUUUAAAAUACAUAAAUAAUAGUCAAUAGUGAAUAAUUAAAUGUUAUAUGUCAUAUUUAAGCCAAGAAUGUAUACAACCUCAGUCCCAGAUGAUUUUAUACAAGUCACGGCAGCUGGACAAUCAUUCCAGAAAUGCAACGCAAUGCACAGUUGAACUAACAAGUUUAUAGCCUUGAUUAAUAUGCCUCUCUGUAUGACACUAUACUGUUGUUAUAGGGUUAACUUCCUAAUAAGAACUAGGGCAGCAACUAAUGACUAUUUCUUUCAACUAAUAGAUUAAAAUUAUGAUUCAUACAAUUUGUAAAAUGAAAAUAUUAUCUUAUUAAUAAUUUCCUGAAUAUUUUUUUUUUGUCUGACCAACAGUCUAAAACCCAAAGAUAUUCAAUUUAAUAAUAAUUUAAGACACGGAAAAGCUACAAAUCGUCACAUUUGAGAAGUAGGAACCAUGGUGCAAAAUGCAAAUGUAUUGAUUAUUAAAAUAGUUGCUGAUUAGUUUUUUUUUGUUGUUCAAGUUAUGAAUUCAGCUCUAAUCAGUGUUACCAGAGCCUGACCCAUACUAAUAUAUUCAUUUUAAAAAUCAGAUUGCAAUACUUGAUUUUCUUUUUUUUCUCUUUUUACAUAAAUGCACAAAAAGAUUUAAUGAGAUUCCCUUGACGUAGUCUUUUUUUUUUUUAAAGGAGCUAUGACCAAGAUAUGUAUUGAGGGAGAUGUCUUACAGUUAUACUCGUGAUGGCAACACUGUUUCUAAACUACCGCAAACUUAUCAUAUCCGUCAAAAUAUCAAUAUACCUCACAAUAAGCUAACAUCAUCCAGCCAAUUUAUCUGUCAGGCUCUAAAUGUUAGUAUAUCAAUGCAACUUUUUUCUGAUGUUUUCUUCCCACUAGAUGUAGCACCAUGUGAGCCUCACUGUAUGAAGCAGUGAUCUGAGCUAAUACUGGUACCGCAGCCUUACAUGUGUAGACAGUUGGAGAAAGCCUGUGGUAAACACUAUGAGGAUCCCAUAUGGUGUUGGCUAAAUAGAGUGUGGACAGAAUGUGUGUGCGAAGUGGAGAUAGGAGAAUGUUACUGUUUACCAAUGACGUGAUGGUGUUUGCAGUGGUGUGUGUGUGUGUGUGUUGUUUUGUUUUUUUUGUACUUUUGGAUGGUGUCCAAAAACCAAGCACAAUGAAUUGAUAUUGUCUGGCAGAAUUCAUGUUUCACUACUUUAUGAAAUGGGACAUGGUAAUGGAUGAGUUGCUGAUGUAAUGUGUGGAUCUGUGCCAAGUGAAUGUAACAAAGCCUUAGCUGACCCCGACUGGAAAACAACCACUUGUGCCCUCAUUUGGCAUUCAUUUUGACUAUUAAUGUACAACCACAAAUGAAGUUUACCAAUAAGCCUGUAUACUGUGACAUCAGAUACUUGUCUAUAUUUGUUAUUUGAGAACUAUUAUUUUAGAUGAUCAAC